GGACCUAAGGGACCUCCCGGCCCCAAAGGCAAGCCGGGACAAGAUGGUAUGACUGGUCCUGUUGGUCCGAUUGGAGAUCCAGGAUCACCCGGCAGACCAGGAGACUUUGGUAGAAAUGGUUAUCAGGGUCCAAAAGGAAACAUGGGAUUCAAAGGGGAACCUGGCGACAAAGGUCGUAUUGGUCUGCCUGGGGAGCCUGGUGCAAGGGGUCAGAAAGGCCCAAAAGGGGUGCAAGGUUCAAACGGUGCUCCUGGAGACUUUGGAGUACCUGGAGAAAAAGGUUCAACAGGUCGUCCUGGUCUUUCAGGUGACAAGGGACUUCCAGGGCCACUUGGAAAUAAUGGUCCGCCAGGGUUUCCUGGUACACCUGGAAGUCCCGGUGUGAAGGGUGAUAUGGGCAACCAAGGACCACAAGGCCCCGUCGGACCACCAGGACUAAAAGGUGAACCAGGUUUGCCUCCUGUUCCAGGGAGAAAAGGCGAAAAGGGAGACAGAGGCUUCAUUGGUAUUCUUGGACCAACUGGGCUAACAGGUCCACCGGGUCCAAAGGGAUUUGAUGGACCAAAAGGAAAUCCUGGAUUUCAGGGCCCUCCUGGACUUGACGGCGAUUCUGGUGCAAAAGGAUCCUUUGGAAUGCCAGGUGACAAAGGUGAUAAUGGAGCUCCGGGACUAUUUGGACUCAAAGGUAGCAGAGGCGAUGAUGGUCCUACUGGACAACCGGGUAGAGCGGGACCACCGGGAUUCCCUGGCCUGCCCGGUGACGAUGGGAUCCCCGGAGUUCGUGGCAACCCUGGAUUUUCAGGACUGAAAGGAGAGCCUGGUUAUCCUGGCGGUAAUGGAUUAAAUGGGGAGAAUGGUCCUAAAGGACUUCCCGGAGAUAGAGGAAAUCCAGGGGCACCGGGGCCAAGGGGACCAAAUGGGGCGACCAGCAUCUCAUUGAAGGGACCACCUGGAGAUCCAGGGGAUAUUGGAUAUCCAGGAGAACCAGGAGCUGAUGGUAUCCCAGGAAAUCCUGGAUUCCCAGGAACUGAUGGACUGAAAGGUGACAAAGGGAAUGUUGGACUGCCUGGCCAACAGGGAAGAGCAGGCUAUCCAGGUCCUCCAGGAAAAGAUGGUUUGCCGGGUCCUAAAGGUGAUGACGGAGCCACUGGUCCACCUGGCAGAAAUGGUCUUCCUGGUCCAAAAGGUCCCGAUGGAGAACCCGGUCCCAGAGGUCUACCAGGAAAUCCUGGACCCAACGGACCGCUUGGUAAGAAAGGUGACCAAGGAGAUCCCGCACCUCCCGGACCACCCUCUCCACCAAUAAAGGGUGCACCAGGAGACAUUGGCAAACCAGGAAGAGUGGGUGAACCUGGAAUGCCAGGAGACAAGGGAGAUAGAGGUCUUGCAGGCGGGGUGGGACAAAAGGGUGUUCAAGGGGCACCAGGAGAAUCCGGUAAUCGAGGUCCGCCUGGUCCACCUGGACUGCCAGGAGCUCCAGGUGAGCGGGGUCAAACUGGAGUGGCGGGAAAUCCCGGACCGGACGGGCAGGCAGGUGGACCUGGGUUGGAUGGCAGACCCGGAGGUGGAUCUGGCUUUUAUUUCACCAGACACAGUCAGACAACUCAAGUGCCUACUUGUCCGCAGGGUACAUUGAAACUCUGGGAGGGUUACUCCCUGCUUUAUGUGAAAGCCAACCACAAGGCUCACGGACAAGAUCUUGGUUCACCAAGUAGUUGCCUUCAGAAAUUCAGCACCAUGCCCUACCUGUUCUGUGGAAGUAACCAGGUGUGCAGCAUGGCGACCAGGAGUGACUCAACAUAUUGGCUGGCUACCGAGCAAGAUAUGACUGCAACCAUGGCCACUGUCAGUAAUGAACAGAUCAGGCCUUACAUCGGAAGAUGCGUGGUUUGUGAAGCACACGCUCAACCGAUCGCCAUCCAUAGCCAGGCAACUUCAGUGCCGGAUUGUCCCAGGGGUUGGUCCAAUAUUUGGAGUGGAUUCAGCUUGGCACUGAUGACAGGGGAGGGAGGACUCGGGGUUGGACAGACCCUGCACAGCCCUGGAUCAUGUCUCACCACUUUCAGGUCCAGUCCUGUCUUCGAGUGCCACGGAGACGGCAAGUGCAAUCAUUACGCCAACCACAUCAGCUACUUCUUAUCCGUCCUCGAUAGAUUCAACCAGUACAGCAAACCCAUGUCCGACACUUACAAAGCAGCCAACUUGAUGAAUAAGAUUAGCAGGUGCUCUGUCUGCUUAGCUGGCAGCCCCGUAAGUGCUACAGGUGCGGUGAGACCGACCUUUAACAACCCAGCAAGCGACGCUGAAGAGUUUGGAGCCUUUGGUGAUGAUCAGUCGAAUAGUUAUCUACAUCGUCCUUAUUAUGAUCCACAACCAUACCAAUCACAGCCAUCUUACAAUUCAGCAGGAUAUCAAUACAACCGACCGCCGUCAAGGAUCAAUCAGAGCAGACCUAUCCAGCCACCCAGACCUCGCUACGCUGGGUCUGAUCGAGCGCGUAGUUGAAGCUGUACUCUACUCCUUUGAUUGAUUGGUAGAUUGAUUGAUUGAUUGAAGCUGGUUGACUGCGCUUCUUGAUUGGUAUGUUUGCUUUGUUGUAUAACCAUGAAUUUAAAUAAUGUGUUGGAUUGGUUUGCGCCGGUUAGUAUGAAGUCAUUGAAUUUUGUGAUUUAAAUGAAAUGAGGAUGAUUUUAAAUACGUUAUCAAUUUGUAAAUUCAUAUAUAUAUAUAAUAGAUAUAUAAAUACACAUUUAUUGUUUAUUUCAUUGAAUAAGGUCGAUGAGAUUAGUUGUUUCACGAAGCACAUUUCCUAUUUUUCAUCGUCGUUUAAUAUGCUUAGUUAUUAAACAUAACAUGACUCUUAGUUUUUAACGCAUCGCAUGUAGCGCCCCCACCACUUUCACGCUCUCUCCAUUUUGGAAAAUAUGAUUUCAUAUGACAGUUGGUAUGUGAAAUUAAAUAUAAUUAUGUAGUACGCAUAAUUAUAUAUAUAUAUUUAUAUAACUAUAAUCAUAUACUAAGAAAGGAACCAUGCUUACCGAUAAAGCUGGCAUUUCAGAUGCGAUUGAAAUUCAAAAAUCAUUAUCGCCCUGUCAAUGUUUUUGUUUUAUUACAUUAUUUCUAUUUUAUUAUCACUAUACUAAUUAUCGUUAUCACCAUUAUUAUAAUUGCGUAGCUAACAUUAUCAUAUUUCAUCAUCACCACCAUCAUCAACUAUUAUUAGCCAAACGUAAAAUUUGUGACGAUAGUAGCAUUUUUUUUUAAAGUAUCAAGCAACCCAACCGACAAGUCAGCAUUUGUUAUUUUUGUGCCGUGCGCGUCAAAUGGAAAAUACAGCCGCAUAUUGAAUUGACUUUGGAACAAAAAUAAAACAUGGUGUAUAUGGUCUCA